AUUAGACCAAAAAAAAUAAAAACCAAACGGUCAACCAAAACUUGUCUGACCCACAAACACUUCUUGAUUCUGUCAUUGAGAAGAACUUUUUUUAAUAUACAUCAUCUUCUCAUAGGAAUAAUGAAGAAUCCGAUAUUGAAGACAUGGAGAAAAGUGAAGUCUUUUGGGCAUACGAGCUCUUCGACCACACCCUCGUUGACGAAGAGCAAAUCUUGCCAGGGCUCUUUUCGUCUCGAGGAUGCUAAGAGCAAUGAAUCAAAAGCAAAGUCGAAGAAAGAGUUGCCGUCACAUGGAUUUUUCACGGUUUACGUUGGUCCCACGAAACAGAGAAUUGUCGUGAAGACAAAACUUCUGAACCAUCCUUUGUUCAAGAACUUGUUAGAAGAUGCUGAGACUGAGUAUGGAUAUAGACGCGAUGGACCCAUUGUUCUUCCUUGUGAGGUUGACUUCUUCUUCAAGGCUUUGGCGGAUAUGAAGUCUAAUAAUGUUCAUCAUGAUGAUGAUGAUUAUGAUGAUGAUGAUGGUUUCACUAAUUCUCCGGUUUGCGGAUUCAUUUGUAGUCCAUAUAGAUCAUACGGUGGUGGUGGUACGGAUCCUCUGGCCAUGAAACGGAACGGCUCAUACAAGCUUCUUCGAUCUCCAUCUUUGUUCAAGUUGAAUAGAUUUUGAAUUUUUUCUUCUUUUUAUAUAUCUAAGUUCUUGUUCAUAACAUUAUCAUAUACUUUCUUUUUUUUGGCAUGAGUGGAAAUGUGAAAGAAAACCCUCUCACUUCUUCCUAAAUUUGAAAUAAUUAGCUUGAAUUACU